CUCCCAUUCUCGCCAUUACGGACACACCCCAUCUUCUCCUCUCCGCAUCCGUCCAACACUCUCGCCACCACCGCAACGUAGCGCCGAGAGGAGACGCGGCCGGCGGCAUGAGGACGAGGCGUGGCGCCUGCUACUCCUGCCAUGACGACGAGGCGCACCUUCCCAAGAGGCGCAGGACCGCCGCGACGGAGGAGGGAUCGCCGUCGGCCGUGAGCGGCCCGGUAGGGAGCGGUGCCGUGGGUGACAUGUUCGACGAGCUGCCGGACGAUCUUGUGGUCUCCAUACUGGCCGAUGUGGCCGCCUCCGCCGCGUCCCCGGCCGACCUCGCCGGCGCCAUCAUGACGUGCAAGAGAUUCAGGGAGUUGGCCCAGAGCAAGGUGGUCCUCACCAAGGCGUCGCCGCGGUGCCUCGCCGUCCGCGCCAAGAGCUGGUCCGACGCCGCGCACCGCUUCCUCCAGCGCUGCGCCGACGCCGGCAACCUCGACGCCUCCUACCUCCUCGGCAUGAUCCGGUUCUACUGCCUGGGGAGCCGCGGGUCGGGCGCGGCGCUGAUGGCGGCGGCGGCCGUUGGCGGGCACCGCGACGCGCUCUACUCGCUGGCCGUCAUCCAGUUCAACGGCAGCGGCGGCAGCAAGGACGACCGGGACCUCCGCGCCGGCGCCGCGCUCUGCGCGCGCGCGGCCUCGCUGGGCCACGUCGACGCGCUCCGGGAGCUGGGCCACUGCCUGCAGGACGGCUACGGCGUGCGCCGCUCGCUGCUGGACGGCCGGCGCCUCCUCAUCCAGGCCAACGCGCGGGAGCUGGCCGCCGCCUCGGCGUCGCUCGCCAAGCCCUCCUCCUCGCGCGCGGGGCGGCAGCACUCGUGCCUGCUCAGCGACUUCGGGUGCCGCGCCGCGGCCGCCGCCGCCGCCGGCGAGGCGCACGCCGCCAACCGGUUCCUGUCCGACUGGUUCGCGGCGCGCCCGCUCGCCGCGGAAAGCGUCUCCGGCACCGGCACCGGCCCCGGGCCGAUGGAGUUGGAGGACGGCGGGUCUGGCGGCGGGGGCCUGCGGCUGUGCUCGCACGCGCAGUGCGGGCGGCCGGAGACGCGGCGUCACGAGUUCCGGCGGUGCUCGGUGUGCGGCGUGGUGAACUACUGCUCGCGCGCGUGCCAGGCGCUGCACUGGAAGAUGGCGCACAAGGCCGAGUGCACGCCCAUGGACCGCUGGCUCGACGCCGCCAACGCCAACCCCAUCCCAGAACCCAAUGCCGACGCCGCCGCCGUCGCCGCGCCGGCGCUGUGACCGUCCUACCAUCUUUCUUUUUACCUCUACUUAGUUUUUCUUUUUUUUUAGCCAAACCUUGUCUGUCUGUACAUGGUCGCUGCGGCAAAGGUAAAGCGAGUCAGGUAGCCUGCGCGGUUCUUUCGUUUAAUUUACUUAGUUUUUUUUUA